CGAGCAGCUGCUGAUCACGACGGAUUUCCCCAAGAGGCAAAUGGGCGGCUGAUUCGAGCUCCGCAGAAAAUUUCUAUGCGAACAAUUGUUUACUCACCCAUAAAAUACGCGAUCAAAAGCCCCCAUCCGAUUAGCGUCUUCAAUCCGAUUUCUACAAGCUUCUUUCGGGCGUUAACUCUGCUUCAGCAGAGAUCUUUUGGUGUUUUCUUGUGAGUAGAAUCCCAUGGUCGCGGCCUGAGAUUGGACCCGGCAAAAUGGCUGAUGAAGAGCAAAAGGAUGGUACCUCUUCUCGUGGAGCUGACUGGGAGGUUGUUGCCUUAACUGCCUCUACUUAUGCUGCUGCUCCUGGAGCUGAUGCUGAUCCAGCAGAUGAUUCUAGAGAUAAAGAAUUCCAACAAGAACGCGAGUCAUCAAAUACAAUGUUCAUGUCUCAGCACUUUAUAUUCCCUCCUCAUGAGCAUGAAAAUCUUCCUAUAGAAGCGGAGUAUGGUGAAAUUUUUGAUCAAACUGCAAGAUAUGUGAUACUUCCUGCUGCGGUAGAAAACAAUUACCCUGUUAAAUUUAAUGAAGAUUUUUCAGAAGCUGAGCUCUCUGUUAACAGUAUGGAGUCUCAAGAAGGCCAACCACAUAAUUGUUUCAAUGCCGAAACAGAUAGUAGACAGAGGAUUUCUACUGAUGAUGUGUAUGAUAUUUCUGAUAUAUUUGAUUCUUCUAAUAAAAACCAUGGUAUGCCUCCAGAUUUUGCCAAGCUUGGGAAAACAAUUCAUGGAAGUGGCGGAUCCUGCCUUCCUAUUGAAUCAUGGUGGAAAAGAAAUGCGAUGUCAUUGUACAAGAAAGCAAAAGAAACCAACCCAUUUUGGUCCAUUUUCAUUGCUGCUGCCUUUAUGGGUGUUGCAAUACUAGGACAACAAUGGCAGAGGGAGAAAUUGCAACUUCAGCAACUCAAAUGGCAGUUUAGCAUCACCAAUGAGAGAAUGAGCCGUUUGCUGGGAUCCGUUAGCCGGUUUAAAUAUGUGUUUGUCGGUGGCCAUCGACACAGUUCUUUGAUCCAUGGCAGUGCCGCUGUCAAUAUUUGAUUGUCUCUUGCUGUUGAGCGAAUUCUCCAGAAUUGCAUGAUAACUGAAGACAUGUAAUUAUGAUCUAUUUGCAAUUGGCACCUGCAAUGCUGCUGUUGCUUUAUAGAAGAGAAGCGAGAAAGUAUUGGUUAGCUCCAGGGGUGGCUUGUUGAUGUUUUUGUGGCAGGGUUCCAUUGGUUGUGAAAAUAUUAUAUUUUGGUGCUUUAUUGAUGUAAAUACAAAGCUUCAAAAGCACCUAGUGAUUGCAAAAUGUUCCUCAAAUUGUGCAGAUAUUUUUUUUAUGAAAAUUUUUAGCUGUUUGUGCGUUAUCUUGUUUGGUUGAAUUCAA